ACCUGCCGUUUGGUUCGUAGUUACGAAUUACUUAAAACUUAGAAUCCAAAAUUUCAUUCAUUCAGCCACUCAUGAAACAUGGCUUCUAAAACUUGUACCAGCUUCCGUAUACUCGUCUUGUUCUUGUUCUUAAUCUGUUUACCUCUCUCAAACUCCAUUGAUUUCAAUUACCCUGCAGUUUUCAACUUUGGAGAUUCGAAUUCCGAUACUGGGAAUCUUGUUGCUGGCAUGGCCGAACAGCUCGAUCCACCAAAUGGACAGAUUUACUUCCAGAAACCAUCUGGGAGAUUCUGCGAUGGCCGUCUGAUCAUCAAUUUUUUGAUGGAUGCAAUGGGCUUGCCAUUUUUGAAUGCAUAUUUGGAAGCUAUUGGCACACCAAGUUUUAGAAAAGGAUGCAACAUUGCAGCUGCAGGUUCUAAGAUACUUCCAGCUACUGCAUCUUCAGUGAGCCCACUUUCAUUUGGGAUUCAAGUGGCUCAAUUUUUCAGAUUCAAGGCUCGAGUUCAAGAACUGCAGUCUACAACAAGAAAAUAUGAUAAGUAAAUCCAGAGCCGGUUCUGUGUUUGAGGGGCCCUGAGGUGAAUGAUGAAAAUUAGGCCUCCCAUCGACAAAAUUCAAAGGUGUAUUAUGCGACUCAUUGCUAACUUAAAAAACUAAUAGUAAAACAACAACGAAAUAUAUCAUAGAAACGAUUAUAUUAUAAACCAUCAAACCAAAAAUUUCAAAAAAUUAGUUAAAUACUAUUCGUCUUGUUAUUUUAGAGGCAA